AUGCCUUUCAGAACCUCCAUGUCCUCCAAGUCCUCCUCCAGCGACGCCGCAUCAACACGCUCCGUCUCCUCCAGAGCAUCAACCCUAAAGGGCGUCGAAAACAUGCACAAGAAGUGGCUCUCGAUGAAGCACAAGGCCUACACCGACGCCAGCCCUUCCCCAUACUCCGUUUCGGCUACCCACAAUGAGGCCGUCGCCAGCUAUCUCUCUCUGCGGUGA